UCAUCCAUUCACAUGCAUCUUGCCAUACUCAUCCCCAUCCACGCCUUCCUCAUACACGUUGACGCCAUCCCGCUGAGCGUUGGGCAGCGUAAUGCCCCAGGCAGACGCCGCCACCCUCCGAGGUGCAGUGGUGGGGUCGUCAUGUACAUGUGGCUGUGGGGUGACAGUCGCCUCUUCUCCCCAACAUGACGAGUCCUUGUUGAUGGUCUCGUACAAGUGGGAUGCAAGCUUCCUCGAGUCGUGGGACAGAGACGACAUGAACUGCGCAUUGACGUCGAUCGGUCUGCAAGGACACACCACCAUACAGUGAGAACACAAAAACACUUUGUCUUGGCUCCACCUCCAUCCCAUAGCCUCGAGCAGUCGCUGUCUCAGCGCCACCCCGCCGGCAGAGUUCAUGUCGAUGACCCAGUCAUCUGGCCGCGCUCCUUUGUCGGGAGGCUUGUCCAGGCCCUCGUCCAUGAGCAGGAGGCGCGAGGGGGUCCCCAUUGCACCCGACGUGUCGCCCUUCUCGAGUGGCGCCAUGGGGGUGUCGCCAGCAAGGAAGAAGAGCAUGCCGUGCUCGGCUGACGCUAUGUCGGCGCGAAACGGGGUCGACGGGACCUGAGGAUUAAAGAGAAACGAGGCCGCAUGUCAUGAACCUGCUGGUUGCGACGGUGCUCCCUCGCGCCUGCUCAAACUCACUUUGUAGUCCCUGGUGUGGGGCAGUAGGCACUGCCUGAGGGCAUCCUCGAUGACAGCUAGUCGGGCGGCACCGCCUGUGUGUUGCCUGGGGAAAAACAGCGUCUCACUCUGCCUGGAGGGGUCAUCAAAGAACUGCUCGAAGUGCCGGAUGGAGAGAAAUGACGCUCUCAACGCUGACGCACCCGUGGGGGACACCAAAUGCUGAAUUGAGCAAGGAAGCGACACAAAAGGAGGGGCAUAGAUGAGAUGCAGGUAUACAUCGAUGGUCGGGUCACUUGAGCUGCGAGCCAUCCUGCUCUGAGUCUGGGCAGCGUGGCACCCUCAAAGGCCAGCCAGCUCGACGCGCUGGGCUGGGCCGCACUCAGAUCCUCAAACCUGUGCACAGUCAAACACCCAUUGAGCACCGUGGCUGAAUUGGCUGACUCGCUCCAUGCGCACCGUUGCCCAAGCAUCAACAAGACAUCCAGCGGCAGAUAAUCCAGGGCGGCAAACGACCACAGGAUCGCCCCAAUCUGACAGGAAACGGCGGAAGCACCACGUGAAGAAUCGUGACACGUAUGAGGCGAGAAUGCCUAUCGUCCAUACCGAAGGGAUAGUGAGUUGGUCCUUGAGGAUGUGCAAGCGCAGCGCGGCACGGCGUAGCAGCGCCUCUCGCUGACCUGCACGUAUCGAUGUCUCUGUGCUCGAGGGGUCGGAGCCCAGCAAACGCGCCGCACUCACGCACAGACUCGACAGCUGCAUGCAGCACUCAUGAGGGGCAGGCACGAUGCCAUCCAUCCCUCGAGGUGUCUGUCCCAUUUUACCUGGUUGAUGUCGAGCACUUGCAGUGAGACACCCACUUUGUCGACUGCACACUGGUGACAGACAUACAGACAGACAGACAGACGUGUCACAGAGAGGGCAUAUAGCCAUGCACAUGUGCGCGAUUGCGGUUUGCAUCUUACCCCGAGAGGCCGCGGUGUAGCGGUAUUUGUGUCUGCAGGUGCGUUGGGUUCUAGGGCAGUCUGGGGGAAGUGGCUGGCCUCAUCCAACACCUGACGUGUACGUAUCAACCCACGUUGGUACACGGAUGGGUGCAUGGAUGGAUGGACAGGCACAUGAUUGUUGCUGUCGUGUCAGGUGCUCAGUCAUCCGAUGCAUACCGUAAGCCACAGCCGCAUGACCCUCCUUGGCGACCCGUGCAGUCCCUGCCCAUCAAAGAAGGCGCUCAAUGGCACGUCCUCGAUCUUGGCCCAAUCUGAUCACACGCACAGUGUUCGCCUUGUCAAAGCACCCUUUCCUUCUCAUCCGUCCGCUCAUGUUGUCACUCACCUGUCCUGCCUUUCGGCAGUGCCUCGGAGGCGAGGUCGAGCUCCGCCUGCUGGACCCAGCUCCAGUCGGUGAGUGUCCUGAGGAGGAUCUGCUGCCUGAUGGGCCGCGUGAGUGCUCCCUGGCCGUGCAGCCGCUCCAGCAGCCCCAGGGACUGCCGAAGGCUCUCGCCCUGCAACCUGCUCUGCAGCACUGUGGCGCACUCACGGGCCAGCGGCAUCAGAGACGCGUCAUACUGACCGCGGCGCUCCAGGGCCUAUACAAGAAAAACAUGGAUGUUUUCGUGUCCGUCCGUCCUUCUCGUCCGUCUGUGGUGUGACCUUGAGGAUCUCCGUGAGUUUGUGUAUGGUAAGGGUGUCCUUGGACUGCUCCACGAAUGCCUUGACUAUCUCAUCCAGAGCCUCGUUGCCCGUUGGGGGCUUCCGCCCCGCUAGCCUGCAGAAGAGCGCCGCCAGCCGGCCCGUCGACACGACAACCUCGUGCUCCAGGUUGUGAACUUCACGCUGACGUUCCCGCAUUCUCCGCCUGGCCUUGUCGCGUUCCUCUGGCUCGGGUGAUUUCUCGUCGGCUGGCUGCGACCCGGACCCCUCAUUAGCCGCCGCCUCAGGAUCCAUCUUAGCCGUGCUCUGGUCGGCUGCCGCAGCCGGUUUCUCAGCCUCUGGUUGCUCCUCCUCUAUCGGCAUACGCGUGACCUUGUCGACAUCAGCGCGUGUCUUGCCGAGUCGGUCGCAGAGGUCUGUAUGCUUGCUGACGGCCCGAUUGAUGGAGUCGCGGAUGAGCUCCUCCUGCUCUGAUGAUGCCAGGUCGAGUGUGUCGAGGAUGGGGAUGUACUCGAUCGUCUGCACGGGCGUGAGGGGGGUACCCAGGUGACGUACGCACUCGCACAGUGACACAAGACGCACCAGGGGACAACUCUGACCGAAAAGAUCAAUACAUCGUCGUAAGGCCAGGCUCAUGGGUAUGGCUCUCUGUUCACCGCGCUCGGUCUGUUGUGCCAGGCGUUGAGAAUCUCGAGGAGAUUGGCGAGCUUGAGGUCUUUUCUCCUCUCAUACAGCCGUCCGAAGAUCACCAACAGCGCCUUGGUGGCGCUGUCAGAGUCGAACUCGCUCAACUCCCUGUGCAGCUCCAGCAGCAGCCCCGGUGAUGGCUGGGUCAUCUGGUUGGUGUGGUUGGCAGCCAUCCGACAUAGGUGUGAGAAGACAGGCAGCUGUGCGGCGGAUAGGGCGCCGUAGAGGCGCCGCAGGUGGUGAAAGAAUCGGACGAGGCUUCUCGUGUCGUAUCUGGCCGACUGCGUCUCCGCCAGGACUGCAUCGACGAUUUUCUCGAGGGCUGGGUCGUCUUUCUGCGUGACGAUGGCCAUCAGAGAUGCCAGCUGAUCCAUCGACUUAUCUUCGACAGCCAGGGACUUGGUCAGCUCACCCUGGCAAGUCCUUAUCAGCAUGGUGAUAGCUCUACCCACCAUUUCUCGCGCUUCGCUCGGCUCCCCCUCUCGCAGCGGGUGAUGCCUGAGCCACUCCUGGCACUUGGUCAGGGCAUGCACAACAGCCGCCUCCUCGGCCUGACGCAUUCUUCUGCUCGACAGCCUCCGGGACAGUACCGACAGGAGGACGUGAACACUCUGCGACUCGGGGCGGUGCUGUAUGAGGCGAGACAACGUCGAGAUGAUCAGGUCGGGGGAUGGGGGCUGGAGAGCCGUGUUCGCUGCGCGAACGAUGGCCUUCUCGAGCACAUCCAGGUGUUCUGCUUGGACUUGGUUGGUGGAGCAGAGUGCCGACAGAGUACCGACUGCCGCCUCGAAGGGCAUCUGGGGCACGGCUCGCAUCACGGUGGGGAGCAUCUCCAUCGCCCUGAUGAAUAGAGAAUCCCGCAGACAACCACAAAUGUGGAUGGAUUUGUAUCUCUCUUCCCCUCCAGUGGCGACCUGUGCUCGAACCCCAUGUUGAAGAGUCGAUUGAAUGUCAAGGAUAGCUGCUUUGGGUUCAUGAUCUUCACGACUCGGGGCAGGUUCUCGUCCAUGAGACGCUGGAAGGCCCUGUCGUCCUCACAGAGCAUCCGCCACUGCUCGCCUGUGCUGGUGCCGAGUGGACACGUGCGGUGUAGCACAUUGAGGAAGUCCACAGUGUCGUCAGCAUUCAGGUAGCGGCCGUGUUCGGCAUAGAGCUGGAGAAGGCGACGGGUCGUAUCUGAGCUCCGCACUGGACGGAAGGCUGACAGACUCCUCCCCAUGGCGCUCUACCAACAACCAUACAUCGCAGACGUGAAUUGCAAGAAGGCCAUCAGUGUCUGUGCGCUUCUCACCGUCCUUAUCAUCUUGGCCAU